CUGCUCUGCGUCCUAUAUCUGUCUCUGCUGUCCCGCGCCCUGGAGCGAACGCCCAGUAAGCUCACCCAUUCGACCUCAAUACUCUCCAACGUCCCUCUCUCUACCAAAGUUGCCUCAUUCCCAGCAUCAUCACAGCCCAAUUCAACUGUCCAACCCCUCACCACCAAACCACAACGCUUUUUUAUUUGCUGCGCUUAGCUGUGUGGUAGUCCCCACCGUCGUUGAGAAGCAUUUGUACCAUACAUCGCCCUUUGCACUCCUCACGUGUGGCGCAAAAUUACACUGCAAAUCUGGUCGCAUUCCUUUCACUGGCGCGGAUCUGUGCCUUGCCUGGUACUUAAAGAAACAUGGACGGCAAGAACUCUUCGGGACGCCGCGUGUCAUUGUUAAACGACGGCCCUGAGGCACCAACUUUAGUUCGCCUACCCUCCAUUACUCCUUCCCUUCGCUCCCGCACAUCCAGCUACACAUCCUCACCAAUUGGCUCCCCGCCAACGCCGCGACUGAUCCGCAGCGACUCCUCGGAUUCAGCCACCAUGAACACACCCUCGCCCAUCACUCCGGACUUCGCACCCUUCGACUCCAUGUCGCAGGGUAUGCCUUCGCCCGGCUUUCCGCAGGACCAUUAUUUUGCCAUGCAGAGCGCUGUCAUGCGCCAACACAACAUGCACAUGAACGCCAUGCCGCACAGCGACAUGAAGUCGGAUACCUUCACCAACUACGCCCCUCACAUUGUCAACCAGGUGGCCUACCAAGCCCAACCCCAGGUCUUCUACAGCCCCCAGAUGUCUGAACAGCACAUCUCGGCCCCUGCGCCUGCGCCUGCCAGCGUUCGACCAAAGAAGAACAGCUACCCUUGCCCCAUGGCUAAGCAGUUCGGUUGCAGCGACUACUUCACCACCUCUGGACACGCAGCCCGCCACGCGAAGAAGCACACCGGCAAGAAGGACGCGUUUUGCCCGGAGUGCAACAAAGCUUUCACUCGCAAGGACAACAUGGAGCAGCACCGCCGCACCCACCAGAGCGGCCGCAGUGCAAAAUGCAGCGACAACGGCGUCAAGAAGGCCAAGCCUGCCGCCAAGCGCCCAAGGGCGUCCCCUAUGCAGUCCUCUGAGCAAGCGCAGCUCCACAGCGUUGAUCCUGUCCUUCACAUCACCCCACAUCCCACAGGCUUCAUUGCCCCUGCGGUGCCGUCGGCGGAGGACGCAGGCCAGUACGCGCAGUACUCCCCUACCCAAGAACAGCGUUCUACGCACGCGUACCCUGACCCCACCCAGUACUCGAUGAACCACCUGUACAACACUGGUACUUCUUCGGGUCUUGAUGCCCUUGCCAUUGCGGCGAGCAGUGAGAAGCGCAAGUUCGAGUAACUUGUUGUUUGUAUUCUGGCGUUCACGGUCUGGUUUUCAUUUCCAUCGCCACUUCAGCGCGGCGUAGGAGGCCAUCUUUCGAAUUUCACGGCGUUCAAAACCCUUCCACGUAAGGAAUAGACGCAAUUGCCGUCAUGGCUAUGAAUGGUGUGAGAGGUCUAUUGCAGACGCCCCAUCAUGUAUUUUCUUUCUCUAAAUUACGGCUUUGGCCAAGCUACGGCUUUGGCCCACUUGUCUGGUUGUUCGCGAGACUCAUCUUCACUGAGAAGUAAUAUAUGGAGUCGAUCUGCGACGAGACUGCCUGGUGGUCGGAAUCACAGGCAGCAUGGAUACCCCGCCCGUUGUUACAAUGGGCACAUUGUUUUUAGCUACAUCGGUACAUUGCUACCUGAUUAAAAAAUCAAUAUUCUCUAAACAUCAUUGCCAUCUCAAUUGCCUCA